CUCCCCUCUCAGAUCCUAUAAUAAGCAGUGUCCUCUUAGUAACUUCCUCUUUCUUUGCUGCUCCACCAAAGAUAAGUUGAUUCUGUGUUUCAUGUGGUAAUUUUGCAUGUAUGAUGCCUGUAUUUCAUUACCCUGUGUGGCUUAGGGCUUGUCUAUUAUUCAUAGUCUCUGCCCUUUGCCAGGUUUUUAUCAUUCCCCUAGUUUUGGGCUAGUUGCUUCCUUGUCACCUGUAAUCCCCUGCGCCUAUUGCGUUUUCGUUUGGGGGUGCCCCCUCCUUUUUUCCCCAUCCUAUCCUUGCCUCAACCACCGCGUUUUUAUUCAAAUUUUCGAUCCGUUUUACUUGGGAGGCGCUCUGCGCCUCUCCUCCUUCCUCCCUACCUUCAUCCUCUGCGCCGAUUCCGCCCCGCUGGUUCCCGGCGCUCUAGGUUUCGGCGGCAGCUUGCGCUUGGUUUCCCGCGGCUCCGAGAUCUCGCGGGAUCUCGGCGGCCAUUUUGGGAACUCCCGCCCUUCCUCUCGCGGGAUUUCGGAGUUUUCUGCCGUGCACGUCUGUCGCUCGGCUCCGGUUCGGCUCCUGCUCUGCGGCGCUUGGGGUGACUAACCCCUCUUUAGGUACCCACCUCCUCGGUCUUAGUGACCCCUAAUAUAUCAGGCAUCUGCCAGUUAGAUUGUCUGCCACUUUAGUAGCUUUAAAUAAACUCCUAAUAUGUCUUCUGACCGCUCUCCUGCUGGGCCUAAUCCCCCCCCAUCUGCUGGGGAUCCCAGCUUACCAACUACUAGUGCACAGGCCCUGGAGCUACAACGCUCAGUGUCUAGUGCUAUUAUUGAGGCAAUGGGAUCCAUGUCUUCUAUGAUAUCCCAAACCAUCUCUCAGGCCCUAGCUACCCAUGCCCCUGGCCCCUCUACUCAGUUGCCUGUACUCACUAACCCGCAGCCUACCAUUGAACCUCCUGCCCAGGAGACCUUGACUGGUGUGAUUCAAGCCACCCAUGAUAGCGCGCUUAGAUCGCGCAAAAGAGCCUUGCCGCGUCAGGCAGAACGGACGCGAAAGUGGAAAUGUGCUAGAGCACAAACUGAUGAUAUAGAUUCGGAUGUAGAAUCUGAUAUGGAGGCUUAUGCGGAGGCAAGCGGCCAAUCUGAAGGGGAGAUGGAAUCUGAAUUUCCAGAUGAUGCUGGCCCUAGGCCUUCCACCUCUGGGUCCGUGGGCGCCUCCGCCACUGCCCCUAACACGGUUUCUACCCUGGUGGACCCCUCAGGCAUCCCAUUAUUUGAUCCUGAUUCCCUCCACCACCCUAGGUCGGCGGAGUGGCUGCCAGUGGCUCAUGUGAGCGAUUACCUGGAACAUUGGGUGCGCCGUCCUCUUAGCAAAGAGGCGCGCAGCAAGCUCCGAGCUGAAUGCCCCAGACCAUUGAUCCCCAACAAGGUCUGUGAUACGCCAUCUGUGGAUCCAAAGAUGACCCAGUUCUUGGCUAAAACCGGCUGGAACCCCCGCAAGGGGUUAGAUUCCGCAAUUAGGAGUUGUCAGGAUAAACUCCUUGACAUCUUUGGCCCCCUCGCCAAAAUUUUUGAGAUGGCCGAAUCGGCCAGAGCGGACGGCUCUCCGAUAGAUCCGGAGGAGCUUACUGGCUGGAUACAGAGGGCCAUUUGUAUCGCGGGCAGCACAAACUCCUCCCUGGCCAUUGAACGGCGUAAAGCCAUUUUGUUUAAAAUUGACCCGAAAUUGGCCAACCUGGCACUCACUGAGUCAGGAAGGGAUGCUCAGGGUCUGCUGUUCGGGGAUUCCUUUAUUAAGGACCUCAGCAGAUACGUAGGGGCAUUUACCGCCCUGGACAAGGCCCAGUCCUCCAUGAGAAGGGUCUUUCAGGGACGGGUCUCCACUAGGGCCGGCAGUAGUAGGGGCCGUCUGUCCGGCCGCUCCAGUUUCCAGGCCCGCAGCUCGGGCAGAGGCUCCUUCAAUCAAAGACCGCCCUUCCAGGACCAAAGGAAUCCUCCUCCGUUCUUUCCGGCCAGAGGUUCCUUGUGUAGGGGGCAGACUCCGUCUUUGUUUCCACGUUUGGUCCAGCAUUACAUCAGACCCGUGGGUUUUGACCACUGUACAGGGGUUCCACAUAGAGCUCACGGGUUCACCGAACCUCAUUCCUUCUCCCCCACCACUUCCCCUAGCCCCACCAAACAGAGAGCUCGUGGACUUAGAGCUGUUUUCCCUUUUUCAAAAGAGGGCGAUAGAGAGGGCCCCUUCCGCCCCGAGGGGCGUGCUCAGCAACAUCUUCCUAGUUCAGAAGAAAGGUGGGCAAAUGCGUCCGGUUAUAAAUCUCCGGGCCCUGAACUCCGUGGUGCGCUACCGCCACUUCAAGAUGGAGGGUAUUCACCUCCUUCGGGACUUACUGAUCCCAGGGGACUGGAUGGUGAAACUGGACCUCAAAGAUGCCUAUCUGACGGUCCCGAUAGCCGCUUCGUCCAGGGAUCUCCUGCGCUUCUUGUGGAAGGGCGAAGUGUGGCGCUUCACUUGCCUCCCGUUCGGCCUUUCUUCGGCGCCAUGGUGCUUUACCAAGCUCCUGCGUCCGGUCGUUGCCUGGCUGCGGAGUCGGGGUGUACGUCUAGUCAUCUAUCUGGACGACAUCCUCAUUAUGCAUCAAUGUCAGGCGGCCCUGCUUCGGCACCUUCAAUGGACGUCGGACCUCCUUUCGGCUCUUGGUUUUCUACUGAACCCCGAGAAGUCCUGCCUCACGCCGUCUCGACGGAUGGAAUUCCUGGGCUUCACGGUGGACUCUGUUGCGGAAUCUCUCAGUCUCCCGUCAGAGAAAUUGCGGACUAUCCGCAAGGAAUUGAGACAUGCCCUUUCAGCGUCGUCCCUGUCCCUGCGUCACCUGGCUCGCAUUAUUGGCCUGUUGGCCUCCUCCAUCCAGGCGGUGUUUCCAGCCCCCCUCCAUUAUCGGGCCCUUCAGCGCCUGAAGAUUGCUCACCUUCGUUCCGGGGCCUCGUUCGCGGACAUGGUGGUUCUGGAUCAGGAGGCUCGGGAGUAACUUCGUUGGUGGUUAGACAACUUGGAAGCCUGGAACGGCAGAGCGAUCUUUGGAUUUCAACCGGAAUUCACGAUAGAGUCGGACGCGAGUCUCCUGGGCUGGGGUGCCCACUGCGAAGGUGUCUCCACCGGGGGUCGGUGGUCGGAGGCCGAGAGCCAUCUUCACAUCAACGCUCUGGAACUCCUGGCGGGCUCGUUUGCCAUCCGCAGUUUCUCCAAUGGCAUGGCGCAUGCCUGCAUCCGAUUACGUAUGGACAAUGUGUCGGCGGUCCGCUAUGUCAAUCACCUGGGCGGCACCCAGUCGGCUACCUUGGUGCGACUGGCGAAGGAGUUUUGGUCCUACUGUCUCUCCAGGGACAUCAUGGUGCAGGCGGAGUACCUUCCGGGUCUACACAACGUCCGGGCGGAUCGGAGUUCCCGCUGCUUCACGGACGGCAGCGACUGGAGGCUAGCGCCGGAGAUGUUCUCCACGAUCUCGGAUACCUGGGGCCCUUGCGCCGUGGACCUCUUCGCGUCACGGCUCAAUACUCACCUUCCCAGGUUCUUCAGCUGGCGCCCGGAUCCGGAGGCGGAGGCGGUGGAUGCGUUCCUUCAGGACUGGUCUUCGGCUCUGCAAUACGCGUUUCCUCCUUUCGCCAUGAUCCCGAGGAUGCUGCUGCAGGUUCGUCGUCAGGUUGCGGAGUUGGUGGUGGUGAUCCCCUUCUGGGGGACUCAAGCAUGGUACCCGGUUCUCCUGGAACUCCUGACGGACGUGCCUCUCCUCCUUCCGGGUCGGACGGAUCUCCUCCAGGGCCCUCUGGGUGCUCCUCACCCCCUGCUGCUCGACGGCUCCCUUCAGCUCCUGGCGUGCCGGAUCUUCGGACUCCCGGAGAGGUCGCAGGCAUUUCGGAGGCAACUAGACGCCUCCUGGACAACGCUUGGGCUCCCGGCACCCGAAAAUCUUACCGGGCAGCUUGGGGAGCUUGGGUUAGCUGGUGCGUGGAACGGAACCUUGAUCCCGUUUCGGCGCCUGUGACCCAUUUGCUGCAGUUCCUUACAUCCCUUUUUGAGGCGGGAAAGGCUUAUCGGACCAUUAAUUUGUUCCGUUCAGCGAUUUCUUCGACUCAUCAGGGUUUUGAUGGCGUUCCGGCGGGUCAACACCCUUCGGUGUCACGCCUGCUACGUGGAUCGCGCUUGGCUCGGCCUCCUCGGCCUCGCUUCACCACUACGUGGGACGUUUCCCUGGUCCUCUCUUUUUUCUCCGCGUGGCCUGAGAACGCGGCUCUUUCCCUCCGGCAACUGUCUGCCAAGUUGUUGACCCUCUUUUGUCUCAUUUCUUGUAAGAGGGUUUCCGAUGUCAGGGCUUUGGAUCAUGACGCUAGGUCCUUUUCUCCCGAGGGCGUCACGUUUAACAUUACGCGGCGCACUAAGACUAAUAUUCGGUCUGUCUCUUAUCCCUGUUUCCCGUCUUCCCCAGCGCUCUGUCCGGUAGCCUGUUUGCGGGAGUAUGAGUCGCGUACUAGGACUCACCGCUCUGCAACGUUCCGCAACUGUUCCUCUCCAUCCGCCAUCCUUUUGGCCCGGUGUCUAGUCCCACGUUGGCGCGUUGGAUGAAGUGGGUCAUGUCCCUGUCUGGGAUUGAUACGGCGGUCUUUACCGCUCAUUCGGCAGGGGCGCGGCUGCCACUGCCCUGGCCGUUUCGGGGGCUCGUUUGGAGGACAUCUUGCGCUUGGCUGACUGGUCUACGGCCGCAACGUUCAGAGAAUUUUCUUUUCGUCCGCCCCCUCAUGUGUUUUCGUCGAUUAUUGAUCAGCUUUGAACUUGCAAUAUGAGCCUCCGUGUCUUGAGGUAAAACUAAAUGAUUUUCCUAUUUCAUGACGUAAAGUCAUAGUUUUAUUAAAGACACGGAGGCGAGUAUUGCCCGCCCUGGGUUGUUCCUGCCCUCCCUUUUGUGAUUUUAAUUUGUUGGACUGUUUACAUUGUCGAUUCUGGUUAUUUAUUACGUAUACUUGCAUAGUUGUAUUGCUGACUGUUUAUGGUUCUGUUUUCAGCGACCUUAUAAUGUACGACCGUUUCCUGGGUCGGUUUUUGUUCAAUUUUUGCCUGCCUCUUACACUGGCUAUAUUAUUUGCUUUGUUUCAGGUUGAAGGUUCCACGAAGUAUGGACUUCUGCGUUGCUCCCGGUUUCCGGAGGUGUUAGCCAUGUUGGCUUGAGUUCUACGGCGUGAUGGACCGGUUGUUUAUCAUUCUCGGGUCCAGUUCCAGUUUCCGGUUUCGGUUCCAGUUCCGGUUAUGCAGUUGGUGUUUC